ACAUCGUCAAUUAAAAAUUGUGACAACAAUAAUGUAGUGAGCAUGUGAUUGAUGUUUGAUAUCAAAUAUUUAGUUCAAGAAGUGUUAAGAGAUUCAAAAAAUUUUUUGUGGUAUCAAACAAAACUUAUAAAACAACCGAAGCAACUUUGUGUUUAAACGAUAUGUCCAAGUUGAAAGUUGAGCUAAGACUGACGUCCCCACUACAAUGUAUAAAAAUUAAAAUCGAUAUAAUAACUAUUACUGCAACUGUUGUUGCAAUCAUCAACAGUCAUAUUCCCUAAAUGGGCAAUUAAGCUUGAAAGCUCCUAUCUACCCUUUUCUCUACACCCGUUUGCUACAAUCUAUCAAUAUAUUCUGCAACAAUUUAGUAUUUUUUUAUUUUCAAAAUGUCAUUUCAAAUUGGCUUAUUAAACUAUACUCUGUCGUUUCUUUAACUUUUUAUUUUUCAUUGUCCUGAAAUAUGGUUGCAGAAAAACAGAUAGAAUAUGUGAAAUUUCAAAGUAUUAUUAAACGAUUGCUGUUUAUUGUCGGCCUAUGGACGAAAGAGGAUUCAAGUUUAUUAUUCCGCUCAUUAUUUCACAUCUAUCUGUCAUUCUUUAUAAUUCCAAUUAUCGGCGUAGUAAAUUAUUUAAUAACCAAUAUUACUAAUAUAAAUCUCGCCACCAAAAGCUUGAGUACUUUGUUGGGUUUCUCUACAGUCAUUAUAAAAGGAAUAUGUUUUAUCAUAAAUCGUAAAGAAGUAGAUGCUUUACACACGAUUCUUGAUCCGUAUUUUGAUGAAUUACUGAAAACGCCCGAAGUUUCAACUCUAGUUUUAAAUAAAAUAUCAACUUUUCGACGUUUACCAACAUUCAUUACAACUUUCAUCACAAUUGUUUGCAUUUCUUAUGCAAUUGUACCAAUUAUUUCGAUAAUAAAUCAGUACCGACAUAGAAUAUGGCCUAUUAGUUACAAUCUAGUUUAUCUGACUAUUUAUCCUUGGGAAAUUUCACCAAAUAGUUUAAUGUACAAUUUUCAUUUCCUUGACGAAUAUUUAUUAACCAUCAGCAUUGUUCUUAUAACUUCUAGUGUCGACAGUCUUUAUACGUAUUAUAUUUUUCAAAUGAUCGGUAUGUUACGAGAAAUAUCCUAUCGUAUUUCAAAAUUCGAUGAAAAAAAUAGUGAGUCAAUAAUACGUCAAUGCGUUGAUAAAUAUGACAUACUAACGCAGUGCUGUGGCAAAAUUGAAAAAGUUUAUGGACCAAUAAUACUAUGGACUAUGAAUGUUAAUGCUAUUGUACUUUGUGCAGUCAUUUUUCAACUUUCUCAUGCAAAAUCGAUUCCAUUUGUCUCAAUGGUUCUCUGUGCAGCCCACGCGUGUUUAAAAUUAACCCAAGUUUUUAUAUUUGCGUGGGCGGGAUCACUUCUUACUACUGAAAGUGAAAAAUUUAGGGAUACUAUAUAUGCUUCAAGAUGGCUUGGAAAUAACAAAUUAAAGUCAUCAAUAAUUAUAAUGCUUUCCCAAAAGCCACUUAUUUUAACAGCUUGUAAUUUAUUAUAUGUUACGAUUGAUAUGUUUGUCAAAGUUAUAAAUACAACAAUAUCAUAUUAUUUAUUGUUGAAAACGUUUGAACAGGAAGCUUAAACAUAGACACAUUGUUAUUUCCACUAAUAAUCAUAUAUAUUUAAUUAAAAACCAUCAAAAAUGCUGUAUAAAAUAGAAUAA